AUGAGAAGAAUAUAAACUCGUCCACUUUUAAUAUUAAAACCAGAAAAUGAUGAUUUCCCUUUUGAUAUCAAAGAUGUUAAUAUAAGUGACAUUAAACAAAUCGAUUAUUUUAGAAUGUACAAUUCUUUAAAAAUGGUGUUGGAAAAGCUAAUAGAAGAACAAGUAAUAGUAUUAAAUUUAUUUAGCCAUUGCAAUAAAAAUUACAAACUAAUAUAGAUUUUGCAUUCCAAGUCUUUUUGCAAAAAGAUUAAAUAUCAUCUUAAUAACAAAAAGCCGGAAAAAAAAAUCAAUCAUAACCUUUUUUAAAAAAAGAAAUCUUAUAGCUAGUCGAAAUAUUAUCCUAAAUGGGAUUUUCAGAUAAAUAAAUACAGGAAAGGUUAUAAUUGAAUCCUGAGCAAACAUUUAAUGGUAUUACCUAACAUUCAGAAAUUUAAGAAGGAGAUUAAUAAUCAGGAAAAAAAUAUAGUAAAGAAAAGUAAAAGUAAGGAUAAAUUAUUGACAAACAAAAACUCUAAUAAGAGCAAUAAUUCCAUUCUGAUGAUGAGCCUGAACAAAAUUGAA